AUGAAUUCAGAAGGAAGGACUCAUGGGUUAGAUUAUUCCAGAACUAUAUGUGUAGGAAACAUUGCAUCUAAGUUAAGUACCGAUGUUGUUGAACAACUUUUGUACCGAAAACUAGGAAAGUAUGGAGAUCUUUCUAUUAAUGUUGGGCAUUUGUGUGGUAAACGCGUCGCUCUGGUUAGCUACCGAUAUUCUGAAGACGCACAUGAAGCGCUCCGUUAUAGCCCAACAAUAUACAUAUUUGAUCGUCCUGCAAAUGUUACCUCAUUAAUUGAUAUUUCUAAUGAAGGUGAUACGCGUAAAGUAAUUGCCAGCGAAAAACGUCAAGAAGGAAUGGAAGCUGAAGACAAUAAUGUCUGA